AUGCAACGUGUUCGGGGCACGACACCUUCGCCGAUCUCUCGCUCAUUCCUUGAGCAUGAGCCAAACCAUCCGGAACCCAUUCCUGAACAGGAGGAGAGCAAGGCUGAUGUGAAGGAGACACGGUGGCUUCCUCGGCUUCACCUCGACUCCUCUGAGUGGGAUAUCCUAAUUGCAUCGACGUGUCUGAAGCUCCUACUCUUCCCCGCUUAUCGCUCAACAGACUUUGAGGUCCAUAGAAACUGGCUGGCCAUCACACACACCCUCCCCAUCUCCAAGUGGUACUACGACACCACCUCUGAAUGGACUCUCGACUACCCACCGUUUUUCGCCUACUUCGAGAAGAUCCUCUCUAUACCCGCAUACCUCGUCGAUCCACGAAUCGUCGACCUCAACAAUCUCAACUAUGAUGCGUGGUCCGUCGUGGCGUAUCAGCGCACGACCGUUAUCCUGACGGAACUGGUGAUGGGCGCUGCUCUUCUUAGAUUUAUCCGAGGCGCAGUGGAUCCUUCCACUCAAAGAAUUAUUUCUGCGUCAUUGUUCCUUCAUCCGGGGUUCCUUAUUGUCGACCAUAUACACUUUCAGUACAACGGUUUCAUGUUUGGAAUACUGCUGUGGUCGAUCCUCAUGGCUCGCAACGACAACAAACUGGCAAGCGGACUUCUCUUUGCCAUCCUCCUGAACUUCAAGCAUAUCUACAUGUACUUGGCGCCGGCAUAUUUCAUUUACCUUCUCCGCUCGUUUUGUCUCUCCCCCUCAGGCGAGCUUCUUCCCGUGCGCUUCAUUUCUCUCGCAAAUGCAGUCAUCCUCGUCUUCUUGGUAUCAAUUGGACCAUUUCUCCUGAUGGGUCAACUACCCCAGUUGCUCAGCCGGCUCUUUCCCUUCACGCGAGGAUUAAAUCAUGCAUACUGGGCACCAAACGUCUGGGCACUUGUGACAGCCACUGACAGAGUUUUGUUGAGAUUCGUUAAGCAUAGUCAGCUUCAGUCCGUUCUCGUCAAUGCAUCGGGUGUUGCAUCAACCUCCCGCGGCCUUGUCGGAGACACCGUUUUCGCUGUCCUACCGAAUGUCAAGCCAAUACACACUUUCAUUAUUACCAUCGCCUUCCAAGCUAUAUAUCUCGUCAAACUCUGGCGAACACCCACGUACAAAUCCUUCUUGGUCGCGCUUACGCUCUGUGGAUAUACGUCUUUCAUGUUCGGCUGGCAUGUGCAUGAGAAGGCCAUAUUGCUGGUGCUCGUGCCCCUCAGCUUGCUGGCAGCUGAGAACCAUGCCUACUUCCGAACGUUCAUGCUCGCUUCUGUUGCGGGUAUCUUCUCCCUGUUUCCGCUGUUGUUCACACCAGCAGAGACACUCGUCAAAGUGGUAUACUCUGUUCUAUGGGCUAUUAUGGUCUUUGUGCCUCUUCACCGCCGGGUGUAUGAGUUUCCUCUCUCUCUGACCUUUGUUAUCAUUGAUAGUCUCGAAAAGGCCUAUCUUGCUGGUUUUCCGCUUCUGCAGCUCUUCGUUACACUCUUCCCAGUUUUCGCGCGCAGGCCAUCCAAGGAGUCCCCGUCACAGGAUUCAAGUACGACGGCAGAGGGUGUAGCAGCGCUCGAGUUCUUACCGCUGAUGCUGACUAGUGUGUAUUGUGCCGUUGGACUCGUGUGGGCUUUCAUACGGUUAUCUGCCAUUUACCUGAGACAGCAGUUCUGA